UCAGUGGUAAACCAUCAGAGUCUCAGCAUGAAAGUCUGUCACACUUUGAUCUGCUUCUUCCUCCUCUUCUCUCUGCAGGAUGGAAACACCGGUCUCGUCAGUGCCCAACACACUGUCUAUUCAGGAAUUGAAGGAGAAAAUGUCAGAGUUCAAUGCUCCUUUCCUUCUGAUAGAAACAGGAAGUUCUUCUGUAAGGAAACAUGUGAACAAAAAAAAGACAUUCUCAUUGAAACAUACGGUGCCCCAGCUCAGAGUGGCAGAUACAGGAUUGAUUAUAAACAGAAAGAUUUGUUUGUGACCAUCACUCAGCUGACCAAGUCUGACUCAGGAGGGUACUGGUGUGGUGUGGGAUCAUCUUUGUCAACGGUUUCAUACGAGUAUAUUGAAAUCAUUGUUGUUGAUGCAAAACUUGUUGGUGAUCCUUCUGCAGAAAAAACAAUCAAUGCUAGAACUAGAGGAAGUAUUGUAGUUGUAUGCUCCUUUACUCGCUCUGUGACCGAGAUAUUCUUCUGCAAGGAGGAAUGUGAAAGAGACAUUCUUGUUGGAACGAUUUACAAUAUUUUGAAAAAAGGCAGAUACAGCAUCAGAUAUCUUGAAACAUCAAUAAAAGGAUUUGUGAUUGUGAGCAUUGAACAGCUGACCCAGUCUGACUCAGGAUGGUACAGGUGUGGUCUGGACAGACCUGACUCUAAUGAUCUAUACCAGAGGUUUAGGCUCAUCGUCACUGAUGGUGAGUUUCUGCUUGAUAAUGAAAAUGAGGUCAGAAAAGCUCUGACCACUUCUACUCCUUCAUCAUCCGUCCCAUCAGCCUCUACAGAAACAUCAAACCAAAGUGAAAGCUCCACAUCUUCACCAGCUUCCCCUAAAACCACAGAGCAACCUGAAUCAACAACAACAGGUCUGAUCCUGUAUGUGUCUCUGACUCUGGUCGUCCUGGUCAUCGUGUCAUCACUGUCUGUGCUGGUAUUCUGCAGGAAGAGGAUUUGUAAAGCCAAAAGUGAGGAACCAGAACCCCGUGUGGAAACACAAAAUGCUUCUGCACCAGACGCUGAAGACGACCCGAGUCAACCCGCCUACUCUGAGAUCCAAUUUGUCAAUGUGGGCUCGUCCCAAAGUGGUUUCCACAGUGACACUGAGCGUGUUAUCUACUCUGUUCCUCGGGUGGAAGCUAGCUCUGUUGAGCCCCCUCUGUACUCUACUGUUAACAACCCCCAAUAACUCUCACAGUCUGGCAGAAGAAGCUGGUGUGGAUUAAGCAGCCGUGUACAUAUUCUGAAACAGAGAGAUGUUUGUGGGAAUAUGUAAGAUUAUUUAACCAUUUACUUAUUUCAAACCUGCUUUGAAUGACCUCAUGUGAUGAUAAGUCCAGCUCUGCUCUAGUUCACAAACGUGUCGCUUCAACAGUUUGCUUCAGGUCAAAGCUGGUUGCACUUAUUGUAAGUCACUUUGGAUAAAAGCGUCAGCUAAAUGAUAUGUAAUGUAAAAAGCUCUUUUACAGCUUCAAUGUAUUUAUUAAGUUGAUUUUAUUCCAAGUUAUAUGCUAUUAAAGUUAUUUCUGUAAAAUAAACUGUUCUAGUAAAGUUAGCAGAUUAGCAUUAGAUAUUUUUGCUUCAAAUUAGGGUUGACUAUUUUGGUUGAAGACUUGAUUUACAGAAAUGUUUAAUUAUAGCGGAAUAUAAAUAAAUGGAUAUGAAACUAUGUUACUUCAACCAGGUGAUGUGGUCAGUACGGGAUGCAAGAUGACUCACACUUAUGUAUAAACGUUAUGGCUUGUUUGUAUUGUUUUAAACUGUACAUAUAUAUUUGGAGUUUUAUUUUUUAUAUUUUAUUUCAUAUUCGACCUCUUCCUGCUCUGUACUUUAUACAAAUAAAACAUUUCUGAAAUGUGUU